AUGGCGAGUAGCGGCCCGCACCAUACUCUGAAGGCCGAGGCCGAGGCGCAAGGCGCUAAACCCAAAUUUCGCUCUGCCGCGUCCUACCCCAGCAUGUACCCAGCGAGUGGGCGGUCUGCGCCCUCUUCUCCUCCUCCUAAGAAAGAAACGCAGCGAAGUUUCACAAACUUCCCAGGGCUGGGUGAAAAAAGCAGGGUUGAUAAACCUGCCUAUCUGAAAGGGAAAAAAGAAGCCGUUUCUGGUAUUUAUGGGACAAUGCUGCCAAUCAGCACCUUAUCUCACCAGGAAUCAUAUGUCUGUGGUCUGGAAACUGACUGUUCUGCUGAAAAGAAAUUUUAUUCACCAGAAGGCAGUCUUACAAGCACAUUUUACAAGGACCACUAUAAAGCUGCAGUUGAACAGUUGACAACUUUUAACAUGUCAAAAAAUUCCAGGACAGCACAGCUGAAUUCCAGUAGCAACAAACAAAGGCAACUCCAUUCCUGGAACCAUAUUCCUAAUCAAGGCAAUAAUUCAGUUAGCAGAGACUUCAAUAAACCUGAUGCAGAACUGUCAUCUGGCUCCAGUGAUGGUCUUAUACAUUUAGCCACUACUAAUCCGGCGGUACAUUCUUUUACGAAGAGAUAUCACCCUGUUUCUUAUCCAGAAACUAAGAAGACCACAUUAGGAAAAAACUGCAGAAAAGAUGAUGGAGACUCUCUCAAAAAGACCAAUGAAGUUACCACUUCAGAUUCUUACCUUGCUACGGAUAGUAGCAGUGAUGACAUACAUUCAGCAAGUAAAUGGAAAUUGAAAAAAAGAAGUGUUCACGCAGAGAACAAGCUUUUGGUAGAAGAAAAGGAAGUGACCGAGAGCGAGAAAAGAAAUAUAACUUUGCUGAAAUAUUUCAAAAAUCUAAAUCUUAACAUAAAGACAGACCCUUUCAUGGACCAGGAAGAUGCUCCCUCUUUACUUGAAAACGACAAGUUUCCAUACCCUGAUUUUCUUCCUUCACCCUAUAAUAAUUUGGAUUUUAAAAAAUUGUCCUUAUCCAAAUCAGAUAGUUGGAAAUCAUCUAUAAAUCCACCACUUAAUGACUCACUUGAUAAAAUUGUCUCGCGUCUUGUAGAAAUGGAAAGGUUACAGCACUUAACUAUCUUAAGAGAAAAGAAAAAAGAGGCUGUUUCUGCAGCUGCGACUGCUAGCAAUCGUUCAAUUUCUACAAAAGAGUUACACCAAUCAAAACAGCCAAGGCCACUUGAUUGCUUAUGUUGCCUGUUUAGGCCAGAAAGAGACAUAAAAUGCACUUGCCAACACUGUCACAGUCACAAAAAUUCUGCAACCUCUAUGCGUUCAUCCUCAAAGCCGUCGUAAGCAUUGUGCAAUAACUUUUAAAUGCAUCAACAUUCUGAGGGGAAAAAAACAUGUUUUAAGGGAUGAUGGUAGGUGAGUAGGAAUGAGGUGUCUAGAUUCUUGAACAGAAACAUUUUUGUAGCAAUAGAUUUAGUUGCUCGUUUCUUCCAUAAGAUUAUGUUCUUUGAUGAGCUGCACGGGCAUCGUUUCCACAGAUGAAAUGAUAAGACAUUAUUGUUAGAGAUGGUCCAAAUGAGUAGCAAAAACAGGUGGCAAAGCUUUCAUGGACAUUACUGUGUUGGACUACUCUAUGAAUCUAGAAUCACAGCCCAUCUGAAAGGUAUAUAUUGCAGCUUAGUGAUCGCCUCAUUCUGUUUUAAAGAGGGAA